AUGACAAGCACACGCCGCAUUAUGCUGUGGAUGUGGGUGGCAGUGGUGGUAGUGGCGGGUGCCGGAACAGUGCCGACGGGGCGUGAUGGCCGCAGCCUGACGUGGGCGCAGGUGGCUCGCGACGACAACACUGACCACGAGUUCACGGAAUACGACGACAGCUUCUUCAGGAAUCACGACUACGAGUACGUGGAUGAUGCCCAGGCGGUGGAGCUUUCGCCGCCCUCCGGGGCAGGCGCGUCACCCCCACGGGCGGAGCGGCGCACCCUUGGUAGCCUGCUGGGACGCCUGGUUCCGGAUGAGCAUUACCACCACCACGCCCCCGCCAGCCUCCUUCCUCGAGUCCAUGGUGCGAACCAUAGACAACCUGGUGGUGGAGGACCUCAAGGGGUGGUCCAAGUUCCUCACCCACAUAAACACCCGCUACGCCACCACCACCACCACCACGCCCCGCCCCGCCCCACUCCAGCAGCAGCUGCCGGGGACCUGGUUGUGGUGAGUGACGAGUCUGGGCGGCAACACGUGGUCACCAUCAACGACAUCGUGUCCUCGCUCGCACAGCUUGACGAGCAGACCAUCACAGACCUCCUACUGGGUCCCUCCAACACCGCCCAGCCCACCCAGCCUGUCCAGCUCCCUGCGCGCCCCUCCGUCAGUAUCCCCAUCGGUCUUGACCUCAGCAAGGCCUUCACACAAAGUAGACUGUCCUCACAAACACAAGCACGCACCCCCACCAGCUCCAACUCCAGCCCCCUCAAUCCUAACCCUACCAAAACCACCUCAAAUCUCAGCCCCAUCCGUCCUGACACCAGCCCUAGCCACAGUCCCACUAACCACACCCUUAGUCCUGUCAUCCCAAACGUCGCCCCCACCAACCCUAAUCGUGGCAACACCAACCUUAAUAGUAGCCCCACCACCUCUAAUCGUAGCCCCAUCACUUCAAACUUAAGUCCCACCAGCUCUGUUCGUAACCCCACCAGCUCUAAUCGUAAUCCCACCACUUCAAACUUAAGGCCCAUCAGCUUUCAUCAGAGCCCGACCACCUCUAGCCUCAGUCCCACCACUUCUCAUCGUAGCCCGAGCAGAAGCUCUGGACGCAGCCCCACGGGCUCUAGCCAAAGCCCCCACCAAACGCCAACCAGUGCCAACCACAGUCCCCUUAAUCCCAGUAGCAACGGCCCCAGACGCCGCCCCUCCCUCAGUCCCACACACACUCCUGACCAGUCCCCUGUCCGAGGCACAAAUACCCGCACCCGCAGUCGCACCAGCCAUCCCGCCCACGCUCCCCCGCGCACCCACACGUCCACUCGCGUCUCCACCAGCUCCGUUGUCCGUGCCAUCCCCAACCACGCUUCCACCCACACCUCAUCGCCGGGCGUGGUUCGCGCCGUCUCCACACGCCUCCCCUCUCAGAGUGUGGUCCGUGGCAACCCUACCACCUCUCCCACCCGCACCCCAGCACAGGCCAUGGUCCGUGGCACUCCUUUCCAAACACCGGCACGCUCCAGUACUUUCAUUCCUGACUUUAUCGUUCCCUCGCCAUCAGAAUCUACGCAAAACGCCGUCCGUAGGAGCAGUCAGGGCGUGCAACGACCAGUGCGCCACACAGGGCCCGUGCAGGAGGCGGCAGCAGUGCCCGAGGAGGAUGGUGAGGUGAUUGUGGUGCGGGACGAGACGGGCGCCAUGCAUGUGGUCACUAUCCAAGAUAUUGUCUCCUCGCUGGCGUCCCUCAAUCCCACAGAGGCCAAGGGGCUGCUCUUUGGAAAGACCCCAGCCGCGCCCCCUGCCGCUACGCCCUUCGCAAGCCACAACCUCUUGCAGAAUACUGGACACGCUGUCAGUGGUGUGACCGCGGGCCACGAUCCCCAGAGGGUCACGCUGGGAUCCCUGGGCGUGCAGGUGGGCGGGCCGGUAGUGAAGACUGACUCGGCGGGCACUGUGCACGCGUUGCCCCAGCGAGGUGGUCUCUUCACUAUCCAGGACAUCAUAGCGGCGGCAGAGGCGGAGGAGGGUCCCCAGGUGCCCCGCCCCGCCACGCCCAGCCAGCUUGUCCAGGUGUACCCAAACAGACACCACAAUGUUCUGGCCCCAAAAACCACCACCCCGCCCUCGCUGAUGGACGCCCUGCGCCAGCAGGACCUACCGGAGCCGCUCGUGCAGUAUCUCGCCGCCCCGUCAGUGACCCAGCCCGUCACGAAGGCAACCCCCGCACCACAGCCUGCACCACAGGGCCUCGGGGCUACUAUCAGCGGCCUCUUCUCUCGGAUUGUCGGAGGCCAACAGCAGCAACAACAACAGCCCCAGCAACAGCUGGCGCAGCAGAGUCAGGCCGUGGUGAACCACGCAGGUCUGGCGCUGCCCACACCCAUCCACUUCCGGGAAGGCGCCAAACAAUCCACCAACACCGUGCAGGGUCCGACCAAGCCCGCCCAAGAUGACUUCCUCCCACCCGCCCUCAGCCACCUUUCCCAGGCGGUGCAGGACGCCCUGCGCAGGCAAGCUGACGACGUGCCCAACUUUGUGCCGGCGAGCGCCCAGCCUCAGGCAGCCGCCAGAGCAGAUACCGGCCCCGUGGAGUUUGUAUCUGCGGAGGAGGAGGACGAACCACUACAUACCGCCCCCCAGGAGCAGGUCCCUGUCAUCCUGCCCCCCAAUGUCCUGGAGAAGGUGCCCCCGCCAGUCCUUCGUAGGGUUACCAAGCAGUACCUGGAGUCCCAGGUGGGCGGCCAGACCACCGCCGAGGAACGCAUUUCCAAGAAGAGGAAGAAGAAGCCACACUACCAGUACGUUGAGUUGCACCAGCCCGUGCUUCACUCCUUUCCUCCACCUAUCCCAGCCUACCCGCCUCCCGUCCCUGCCCACCCGGCGCCCGUAUACCCGCACCUGGGCUACCCAGACCACCACCACCAAGGUUAUGGGGAGGACGAUCACUCAGGCUACGGCGACGCCUUCCCUAUGUUGGAUAUCUUCCUGCUGGCAGAUGUGACCAAGGUGAAGAAAGUCGGGGACUCAAAUCUGUCAGUCAAGGCUCCCAAGAUUGGCGAUCCUUCCUAUUUCGUGGACACGCGGCCCCAUCACGGCUAUCAUGGGCACCACUAGCUGCAACACGCUAGAGCAAGUGCCUGCCCGUCACACUGUCAGUGUCAGCACCAGACAACGCAUGCACUACCUCAAGGCGUGCGUCUUGUCAACUACUAUUAGACACUUUAUGCUUAUACUGUGGUCAUUAUACUUACAUGGACUUACAUGAACAUGGACUCUCCUGGAAGAGGCCCUGAUGGCCCUGUGGCUCCAGUGCGGUGCCCUCAUGUACUACUUUCUUGGCUGCGUGUGGUCGAUGUUUGGGCACGAUGGUUAUAUUUCUGUUCUUGUUUUGCCCAAUAUUUAUCUAAUUUAGAUUCAAAAAUAGCUACUGAGUCAACAUUCACAACCAACUCUAGCAGAUCAUUCCAGUUGUUGACCACUCGGUGGGAGAAGGAAAACUUUCUAGUGUUAAGCCGGGCUCUGCAUGGACUUGAAUAAUUUCUUCGAACUCUCACCCCGAGUGAUGGUGUCUUCACGCAUCCUAAAUAGUCUCUUGGUGCAUUCACUGUCAUAUUUUCAACAUAAAGUCUUGUAUGUCUCAAUUAGGUCUCCUCGAGAUCUUCUAAAUACCAGUGUUGGUAAAUUUAGUGUCCUCAAUCUACCCUCGUAAGACAUGGUUUUAGGCGAGGCACCAACUUUAUUGCUGUACAUUCUCAACUGCCUCGAAAUCUUUUACCAGAUGGGGACACCACACCUGGCUUGCAUACUCAAUAAGUGGUCUCACUAAAGCUGUAUACAAUUAAUUAUCUAAAUAUUUCUGGCUCAAGAUGUAUAAAUGUCAUUCUUAUGAGUCCCACAAUUUUGUUGGCGUUAUUGAUCUUUUCAGCCAGAUGGUAGGAAAAUGUCAAUGACCACACCAAUGUCCUUCUCUGCAUCAGUUCUUUCAAUAUUCUUAUACAUACUAUAUUCAUUAUACACGAGGUUAUAUCUUCGCUGUACAUUUCCCUUGCGUGUUCUUUACAAUGGAUUGCUGAGUCUGUAAGCUCGAGUGUUCCUUGUGUCUACUUCUUCAGUCUACGAAACCUUGUUGUAAAGAUAGAACAUUACUCUUACAGGAUUUCUAUUGAAGACAAAUGCUGUGAUGUUGAAAAGAUAUGCAUGUAUGUAGGCAUGUAUGAUAGAUAUUUUUUAAUAAAAUGCUGUAUUUU